AUGUUACUCAGCAUAAAAUUAAAUCAACUACCUAAUAAUAUUGGAAUAAAAAAUCCUUUCAAAAGGAGUAAAUCAACAAAUGAGGCAAAAAACCAAAAAAAAAUCGAAGAAAUGGCAGGGAUUUGUGAAACCCUCGACGACUACUACAAACAAUACACACUAACCACAGAGUUUACUACAACCACAGAAGGAAAAGGUCUAAAACGCCACUUAAGUGGGGAGAAAAAACGACAUAUAACCCAAAAUUGUGGUGACUCAAACGACUAUAAUGCAUUUACAACUUUCUCAAAGAAAAAAAAUGUAUUGAAGACAUCAGGAGGAUGUGAUUUAAUCAAGCCUAAAAUACCAUCAGUACCUGAUCAUAAUAUAAAUAAAAAAGAACAAAGAAAUAAAUUUUCAAAAAUAUUGACUAGUUAUCUAAAAAAACGUGUUAAAAAACAUGAAGCAAUCAAGGAACCGAAAGUCAAGGAGAAGGAUGCUUUAAAAUUUAAAAAAAAAAUAAAAUGGUACUAUAGCAUAUUCUGCAAUAAAGUUAUGCCACAUUAUAAUUUAUUUUACAUAUUUUAUACUAAGUAUUCAAAGGCUAAAGAAUCUAAGGGUCAUACAACUACUGCAAGUUGUGAUUAUUUUGAACGCAUACCUGAGAAUAAAAUAAACGGGUAG